GGUUAUCACAUCCGCCUAACACGCGGAAGGUCCCCGGUUCGAUCCCGGGCGGAAACAUUUUUUGUUUCCAUUUCAAUGAUAAACUUGCCUUUAUACUUAUCAUUAUUCUCUACCUUUCUUUCAAUUUUAAUAAAAUACGACUUUAUAUUAAAACCAGAGAUCCUAGAAACAUGGGCAGACCGUUCAUAGAUGAAAACUAGAACGGAUAGGUGUAUAGUCAGCUGGAUAGUGGGACUCUUUAAUUUGAGUGGCGCUUCAUCAAAAUCCGUGUGGUAGAACUUGGAACAUCAGAACUUGUUUUGUUGAACCGACCUGACGGGUUAUAAGAAAUGCUUGGCGAUGAAUUUCCGUUAUAAAUAAUGAUGUUACCGCCUUCUGAACGGUUUAUUCACAUUUCCGGAAUCAGUCAUCAAUCAUUUAAAUAUGAAGAGGAUCGUAACAAUGUUCGAUAACCGGGAACUGAUUAAACGAAUACGUCGUUUGAUCGACACGAGUAAUUAUUCUUAUAGGAAAAUAUUACUAUUAUUCAUCAUUUUCGGUGGUGUACUUAUGUAUUUUGGGCCGAUCAUCGUUCAAUGGUUGUUCAACUCUCCAGACGAAUCUCCUCAAGAUUUCGAGGAUCGUUGUUUGAACGAUUUGUUAUCACAAUACCAACCGGGCUCUGUCGAAUAUAAUUUAAAUAUUCUUCACGAUCCGCUGAAAUCGAACGAAUAUAAUUACCUGCCAUACAUCGGCAACGGAGUGUUCGGUAUUCCCAUAACCUUGGAUUCUGUAAUUCAUAUUAAGCAAGGGAGAUCGUUGUCGUUGCCAGUGCAAUUUCAACCGUUCGUCUAUCAUUCUAUGAGAGAGAAUGAAAUUUACAGAAAGGAAGCCAGCGUCGUGGAUUACACCAAGGGAAUCGUUUAUGGCUAUCAGUGUAUCAGAGAAGGCUAUUACAUAGAAUCACAGUAUUAUGCGAGUAGGGUCAUGGAGAAUAUAUUGAUUCAGGAGAUACAGAUAGUAAAUACAUUGACUGUGAAACAGAAUGUAAAAUUGGAUAAGCAAGAGACGAAACAUUGGAGCAAUUCAAGGACUGAGAUUAUAAAGAUCCAAGUGGAUGAUUUCUCAGAAGAAUAUAAUUUAAUUUCUGGUUACGUCCCAUUGAACAAUGUAAAUAACAGAAUAAUAGCAGUGUCGAUUGCUUACAAAUUACCACAAAGAACAAUUCAAUUGAAAGGAAGAAGUACAGUAAAAAUGAGAUUUUUUACUAGUAUAGAGUACAGCGAACCAAUCAGUAUGGAAGACUAUGGCAAUUACUAUGAAAUUACCAAGAAGAAAGCCAUCGAAGCACUGAAAAAGGUCGUUAGUAUACCGAGCCAGUCUCUGAAAGACGAUCACAUCAGUCUCUGGCAGAGUUACUGGUACACCGGACUGGCGAUAAGCGAUUCAAAAGCUGACGGUGCUCUAAAUGGCCACAAGAUAAAUUCUACGAUUUAUUACGUCUUGUCUCAAGUUCCCAAGGGUGUUCCUAACGUAGAAAAGAACGUGGCUAUGAACGAGGGAUGUUACCGCGGCCAUCACACAUUAGACGCGCCGAGGCUGUGGCAAGACACGUCUACGAUCACUUCCGUUAACAACGUAGUCGAGGCCUGGUUAGUCACUCUAGAGAAACAAGGUUGUCAUCGUCUGACGAGAGGCGAUCCGAAAUCCGUCCAACAAGCCAUAGUCUUAAGUUUGGGCAGUUUUCGUUUCUCUAAUCAGCAUUUGGAAUUUAAUAUUGACCCACAUUACUUACACAGAGAUUAUCUGUUUAGGAGAAUAAGUUAUGGCAAUGUGACCCAUUUAAACAUCUCUAUUACGGUCGGUGAGGACAAUAGAGCGAUCAUGCGUGUCGCGUUGGACAAAAGCGACAGUAUUUACUACGCGUGCGACGCUGGCUGUUUGGACAAUCCGGUUUCGCUUGGUCAGAACUAUAUUAACAUUCCCGUUAAGCUGACGAAGCCGUUAACAGCGAUACUCUAUAUCACGUCGGACCAUCAGCAUAUGCAGGAUUUGAGAAAUGCAUUGCACGUGCACGCUAUAGACGAUGCUCCGGCGCACGACCAUUUGGUCAUGGCACUGCACAAACACGGCCACCAAUUAGGUGGACUUCCCACGUUCUUCUGGGUCAGUAUAUGCUUCUUGAUCAUUGUAUUCCAUUUGUUCCUCUGCAAACUCGUCAUCAACGAGUACCACAGUCAUCAGGACAAACAAAAAGUUCGGUAUAGUAAAUUAUAAUACACGUCUACCGAGACAUUUAGGGAAGAAUAAUAGAACAUUAUUUUUCUCAAUGGCGCGAUGUAGAUAGAAACAUGUUUGUACAUUAUGUAAAUACGGAGAAUGUGUAAGUUAACUGGAAACAUGAGUAAAAUUUUUGUAAGAAUUAAACAGACGCCGUUACUUGUUGAA